AGAGAGGGAUUAAAAGUUACUGCUAUGAAAUACUUGGAGGAAAAUGCCAUGGCGAGCUCACACAGAGAACCAGAAUGUACAGGGAACACCCCUAACUUGGCCAGGAACUGCUGUCCCCGGCAGGUCUCGAAGGGGAGAUUAUAUCGGCAGCACUGAAAGCUAUGUGAAGAUGUUGUUUGGUUCCACCUACUACAGAACUGACAUUAUCUAUUCAGAUGAUCCCUAUUGGAACGUAAAUUAUUAUUUCGGGAAGGUUUACACACAGCAGGUUUUGGCAGUUGAAAUUUGGGAUGAGGAUGACCUGCAGCACGAUGACCUUCUUGGAUCUUGUGUGAGGUACCUAAGUCAAGGAGCCAACCGUUUCACCUGCACAGCUGAAAGUGGAAGAUUUGAGGUCAGAUACACUCUGACUUGUGACCCUCAUCUGACUGGACAGAGGUGCAGCCAAUAUAAGCCAUCUCCUUAGUGACAAACCUAUCAGGAAAGGGGAAGCUACAUGAUAUUAAUUUCUCAUGUUUUUGAGUUUAUCUGAGAAAUGUUUGAUUUGUUUGAUACGAUCUUAAUCUUCGUCUCUUUUGGAUUGUUAAAACUUGUUAAUUGUUUAUGGAUUAUAUAUGCUGGGAUUCUCUUAUGUAUUCUGUCUGGGAUUCUCUUCCAACAUGUCAUGCAAAAU